CACCAAUGGCAAUGUAGAGUAAAUACUUGGAUAAAUGUUCCUUUCUAAAGACUUUCUUUCAGGACAGCGAAUAAAUUGGUCUUGUUUGGGUUUGACAAAGCCAAUAAUUUGAGGGGAAGUAAAGCCCGGUGACUGACUUUCUUUGCACCCCGAGUUCGCCUGCAAGCUCAACCAAAUUCUGGCAUGAGCCAUGUCAGUAAUUUGCUCAGAUUCGGAAGACAGUACAGAUGAGAAACAAGUAGCAAUCAGGUAUACUGCUUAUCUGCUAGGAGGAACAGCCCCUACACCAUGCUUUCUGCCUAGCUCUCCUAAAGCACCUAUCACGCCGCCUAAGUUCUGUCGCUUUGCACCCACACCUUCGACUCCAACAAGAAGACACCAUUUGGAAAAGUCAAAACCGUCUAAGUACACUAGUAAUGAGGAUGGAGAUAAAAGUAUAGAAUUGAUGGCUUCAAAAACAGAUCAACAUGGAGCUGCGGAAGUGUUAUCCCGUCAAUGGCAUGAUCCUCACGAUGGGCAAAGUGCAGCCGAUUCGAAGUCAAUACCGGAAGUUUGUGUAAAUAGUAAGGCGCAAUUUUCAUUUUUUAUUUCGUCUCGUCGAGCAAUUACUAACGACUAUCCGUCAGUUAAUAAGAUCAAUGUCUCUAAUAACUCCAAUGUACAAAACGAUACAAUUGCGCUAAUCGACGAGCCUCCUGAGGUAAUGAAAGGCAAUAUGCGCGAGCCAUCACCUUCACAGGAGUCGCAAUUCCGAACUAUACAUACCAUCACCUCGUCGCCCCCGAAUACGCCAAAGCGAACACAGCAUCAUGGUACAGUUACAUCCCCAUCCCUCUCACAAAAAUCUCCAAGAAAGCGGCGGAAGAAAGCUAAAAAUCUGCUGCCACCUUAUGGACGGUUGAUGAGGGAUAUUCCGGACGACGACAUUGAGACUUACUCUUCUGAUGAAGCAGAUGUCAUUCGAAGUAAGAGUUCCCUGAUGCUUCAAAAUCUUCGCCAGGCACAUCUAGAGCACCAAUGGAGCAAGGUGGAAGAGAUAGAGAAAUGGCGAAAAGAUGCAAACGGCGAACUCUGACCUUGCCAUAUCGUUGUGUUGGUAUGAUAUUUUAUGUACAUAGGUGUUUGUAAAUUGCCAAAGAACGAAUAAAUGGUAUGGAACAAACUACUUUCUAGUUCUUUUAGGCUGAUUGAGCUGCUCCUGCAUUCUCGUUAUUCGGAUAUGUACAUUUUGAAGCAGUUGGUUCGAGUGCGCUAGCUGCUUUCUAGCCAUCAUGAGCUUUGUAUGGGAUGCUUGCAGAGCCGGUGGGUCAGUAAUAUCUGAAAAGAGCUGUAGCU